AUGGCUAACGGAUACUCUCGUCUGCCCGGCGAACUGAACGCUUUCCCCAAGAGCCGGAACAGAUCGCAGACCACUGUCGUCGGUCUGCCGCCAACCCCGUCGCCACAGAAGAAACGCGCCUCCUCUUACUAUCCUCCUCGCGGCUCGGACUUCCAAGACGAGAACAACCCUGACCCAUUCUACCUCGAACAGUCCCUGACCAACACUACCGGCAGCUGGGGUUCUUGCCAACAGGGCCUCCGCAAUGCGAGACCGGGUCAAGAUAUCCAACAGUACUUUAUGCUAUCCGUUGUGAAAGCUCGUACAGACCUCCCUGCUCCACCCGCAGCCCCUCGUACCAUCAGGUCAGAGGCCAACAUCGACCGCUCUACACUGUCUGCUGUCGAGCUCGAGCACCAGCUCGGUCUUCAGCAAAUUGGGACCCAGCCGUGGGCAGACACAAUCUCAGAGCCCACCCCAGACCUAACACCUAGCAGUUCAUUCUCUUCUAACUACUCUGCGCAUAUCUAUCCAGAGCCGGUCGUCAAAGCUACCGAGCAACUCUCCCUUCUCUCCAAACAGGCACAGGAUCGUGUUGCAAAUAGCACACAUUCUUACGCCUUUACACCCUUGAACCGGUCUCAAGUAACCUUAGCUACCGAACCAUCUUCUCCAGAACGCGAUACCAAGUCUCAACGUUCGUUACCAAACGCGUCAUCGGAAACCGUUAUCAUGCCUCCAAGGAGUCAGGAUUCUUCAUCCCUACGUGGGAAGCCCCUCCCGUCCCUACCAGCCGCUCCACGCCCUAGUACUGCACACCCAUCCAAGAAGCAGCCACCUAGUCGGCUGGCAAUCGAACCUUCUAUGAUAUCCCCUCCGAGUCUUAUUAAUCCGGUGACCCUGGAGCCUCACCGAACGCACUUCGAUCAAGCCUUGUUCAUCCCCGCCAAUGAAUGCCCUAGCCCAGUGCCUAGUCCGGGACCACCAUCACCCUCGGUAGACCGUCCACCAACAGUGCCCUCAACAAGAGAAAGACCUUCAACUUCUACAUCUGAAAUGUAUCCUGAGCAAUCUGUCUGGGAGUCCGACUCUGACAAUGAGGAUGGAGACCCCAGGUCCUUGUCCCGGAAGCCGAUGGAUACCUUGAAGAAGGUUCGUAGCCGGGUGCAGUUACGGGUCGCCAAGUCAAACCCUAAGCUGCAAAAUAACCCAGCCCAAACGAACAAUGCGGCCUUGGAGAAGUUCCCAACCAUGCCUGACCACCCUCCACAUGAACGUUGCCCGAGCUCUAUGAAGAGCGCCGUCCAAGCACGACCAGGACGAGAUAUCCUGCGACCAGCAGCUCACCAGACUCUCCGCCUCGUUGCCCCCUCGACCACCUCUCUAGUGAAUCCUAUAUCCCGCCGCAACAGCGCCAAAUCACAGAGCUACGGCAUUGACCGUUCAACGGCAGCAGCCGCAAUACAAGCGAAAUCUCGCCGGCGCCAGCGGUCCACCAGCCCAGAAACCUCCAUGUCUGCAGAACGCGAGAAGAUGUGCACCUUCUGCCGUGAAGAGCGGUCCGACAAAACCAUUCAUCAAAGUCUAACCCUAUCUCGCCCGCCGCUCUAUAAGCGCCUCUGGGAAUCCAUAAGAGUCCUCGGCUGCCACGGCGAUAUCACGCCUCCUCGGCCUCGGAAAGGGUUGUAA